AACACUUUGACUGAAAGCCGCAAUUUCCGGCUAGCGUACGGCAAGCAAGCAAGCAACCUGCAGUCAGGCUGAGCCUGUUGCUGUUGCUGCAUCUGCUGCAAGCAGUCCUGGUCAGUCUUCCCCGUCGGACUCAGCGAGUCAGUGAAGCACAUGAAACACUCUCGGAGCAACACUCCCAUUUGCCAACUGGAAACGCCGAAAUGAAAGAAACGUUCAAAAGAAAGGGGAGCCUCGGAGGAAGAACCGUCGAUGAGCGAUUUCGUCGUCGAGGCAUCUGAAGGCCGCAUGUGAGGGAACUCCUUUCGCCGGCGGUGCUGCAUUUGCCGAUAGAAGUGAAGCUUAGUUCUCGCUUUUCUCAGACUCAGACUUCGGCUCAGGCUCUAGCUUUUCUCAGGUUCACCAUCCGCCGCUGCUUCUCUGGCUCGGGCUCUGGCUUCUUUGGCUCGGGCUCUGGCUUCAUCUCAGGUUCAACCAGACCGGUUACACUCAACCAGAGGUCCCAGAGGCUCAACCAGACCGGUUCGACUCAACCACAGGCUCAACCGGACCGCUUAGAUUAGGCUCUCAACUGAGCAACUCCAUGGCGUUACUGCCGCAGUACACCUGCCUCGUGUGCGGAGCUCGCUUCCGCUCGCUGCAGGCGCUCGGCGGACACAAAUCCGCGCAUAACGGGGGGAGGGGCGGACUGCCACCAGAAGAAGGCAGAUUCGGCACUGCUGGCAGUUGUUUGUUCCCAGAGAGGUUGGGACUUCAACGUCAACUUGAAUUUGAAGCUACCAGGCGUGUCAGGGAGAGCUUCUCAGCAUCUUUUCCUGCUGGUGGUGGUGCGGCUGGUGCUGCUGCUGGUGCUGCUGCUGGUGCUAGUGCUGCAGGUGCUGUUGCUGCUGGUGCUGCAGGUGCUGCUGCUGCUGCUGCAGCUGCUGCUGCUGGUGCAGCAGCCCAGGCAGGAGAGAACGCGUUCAGAAUACCUGCUGCAAGAGAAACUCCGCGGUUUGGUGCUCCUGGGAAAGGCUCACCCAGGGAAGGUUCAUCUGGGGAUGGCUGGCCAGUGAACGGCCAGCAGGGAGCACUUCCCAUCCUGAAGAGGCACGGGAGUUGGGAGGAGGCUCCUCCCAACAGCGAGGAGGAGGAGGAGGAGGAGGGAGUGAGAAGGAACUGGCGAGCCGAGUGCCAGUUCGUGGAGGCCAACUGGCAGCUGCUCCAGCAGCAGCAGCGGCGGCCGUCACAGGCUAAAAGAGCGCUGUUGGACGCGGCACAUGGGGAUGGGGAAGAGGUGGAAGGAGAGAGGAGUUCUUGGAGAGGUGAAUUCCAGUUGGCCCAGCGGCGGCCAUCACAGCCUGAAAGAGCGCUCUUGGACGCGGCACGUGGGGAUGGGGAAGAGACGGCUGCUGCUGAUGCUGCUGCUGGGAAGCUCCGUUGCUGUUUGAGCCGACUCAAAGAUCGCGAGGCGGAGGAAGGAGAGGAAGAGAGAAGUUCUUGGAGAGGUGAAUGCGAUUUGCCCCAGUGGCGGCCGUCACAGGCUAAAAGAGCGCUCUUGGACGCGGCACAUGGGGAAGAGGUGGCUGCUGCUGCUGCUGGGAAGGUUCGUUGUUUCUUGGGAGCUUAUGGCGGAGGUGUUUGUGGUGCCAGAAACAGCCUUCCUGGUGGUGCUGGUGGUGGUGGUGGUGGUGCUGCUGCUGCUACUGCUGCUGCUGCUGAUGGUGCUGCUGGUGCUCCAGUGGGAGGAGCAGCAUUCGUUAUAAGCUCGAAAUGGGGCACUGUGCGGCAGAAGGUGCUGGGGCACUGUUAUAGUGGCAGUGGUGCUGCUGGUGGUGCUGCUGGUGGUGCUGCUGGUGGUGCUGGUGGUGGUGCUGCUGGUGGUGCUGGUGUCGGUGGUGCUGGUGGCGGUGAUGCUGGUGGUGCUGGUGGUGCUGCUGGUGGUGCUGCCGGUGAUGCUGGUGGUGCUGCUGGUGCUGCUGGUGCUGCUGGUGCUGCUGGUGGUGCUGCUGCCACUGCUACCUCUGAAUCCGCCCAAGAGCAUGUUAAUUCUGUCGUCAACCGUUCCUAUCCACCUGCCACCACCGCUGCUGCUCCUACCGCUGCUGCCACUGCUGCUGACCCCGCUGCUGCUGCUAAUGCUGGCACUGCUGCUGCUAAUGCUGCCACUGUUGCUAAUGCUGCCACUGCUGCUAAUGCUGGCACUGCUGCUGCUAAUGCUGCCACUGCUGCUAAUGCUGCCACUGCUGCUGAUGCUGGCACUGCUGCUGCGAGGAGAAGGUGGGAACCGAGCAGCGCAGCAAGCAGUCAAAGGCACUGGCUCUCGCGCCUCUUCCCAUCCCAACCACCACGCAUGCUGGACGCCUCUCCCUGCCUGCCCUCCUUACAGUCACCUCGCAACCUACAGUCACCUCGCGACCUACAGUCACCCCGAGGCGUACAGUCACGUGGACAAUUGGAUUCGCCUGGGACUGUUCACCCGUCCACUGCUGACUCAGCAUGGGGGGAAUCUCAGUGCGGUGCAGCAGGAAAGCACUCUUCCCAGCAGGCCGGCGCGGUGCAGCAGUGCAGCAGCGGUACUCUGCCCAGCUCUGCCCCUACGAGCCAGCCAAGGCUGCUGCUGCAUGCCACGUGGCAGGGCAAUCUUGAACCCAUACCCGCACCAACUGCCAUCGCUACUACCACUACUACUACUACCCCGCCUGCAACCGGCAAUGCUCCGCUCACCACUGCGUCAUGGCACCGCGUGUCUUCCCAUCCCUGCAUGCCCUGCAUGCCCCCCAAUUCUCGCCGCCAGACUUCCCCGCUGGGGCCCUUCAACGGCUUAAAGCCCCCUCCCUCACAGCUCCUGCGCCUUCCGUUGCGUAGUUCCGGCGACGCAUGGGUAGAGGGGGCAGGUGCACUGCGGGCAGGUGCAGCACCAGCAGUCGCAACUGAAGCACAAGGACCAGCACCAGUAGCAGCAGCAGCACCACCACCACCAGCAGCAGCACCAGUAGCACCGCCAUGGAUGCGGCUGUGGCUGCUGCAGCGGCGCUCACUCUCUGACCCUGCUGCUGGUUACCCCUUCCCCUCCGCCCUCUUCUCUCCUAGAGCUGCCGCUUCUGCUGACCCCUCCACUCUCAGGCCGGCUGCUGCUGCAUUGGCUGCUGCUGCUGCAUUGGUUGCUGCUGCACCAGCUGCUGCCGCAACCCUUCCCGCUGCCUCAACCACUGGAGCUUCUCAAACCACGCGUCCAGCGUCGGUAAGCACUCUGACAGGAGCUGCUUUCACCGCGCUUACCACUCUCACCACCCCUGCUUCUGCGUCCACCCCUGCGUCUGUUGAGGCUGCGGCUACACCGGCAUUUUCCCAUAGCUGUGCGGACGAGAGUCGGCAAUCUCCCAAGAGAGCACUCCAGCCUCCAGCCAACCAGCUGAAUCCACAUGCUUCCCCACCUCCACGUCAGCAGACGUUGGAGACACCUCACUGGCCCCUGGGCCCACCUUCCUGGAUUCUUCCUGACCCAGGUGCAAGGCGAGCACUCAACUGCGUGGUGGGCGAGACAGUUGGCAGCGCGGCAGGCGACCAAUCUGCAGCUGCCACGUGGCGUUGCAUGCUGGGCGAGACGAUAGGUGGCGCAGCAGGUGCCGAACCUGCUGGCGGUGCAGCGGGCGCCCAAUCUGCAGCUGCCACUUGGCACUGCGUGGUGGGCAAGACGAUAGGUGGCGCGGCUGGCGCUCGACCUGCCGGCGGUGCGGCUGGCACGCAUUCUGCAGCUGCCACGUGGCAUGAGAUGGAGGAAGAACGAGUGGGAUCAGGCGGGUGGAGCAGCGGUAGUGGCGGGAGGAGCGAGAGUGGGAGUGAGGGAUGUGGGGAAGGCGGGGGCCGGGAGAAGAGGGACUGCAGUGAGGAGAUACGGAGGUUGGGGAGUGAGGGCGUGCUGCCAGGAGCCAGUGCUGGACAAGGGAGAGGGAAGUCGAGCUGUGGAGAGCAGGAGGAUGGGAGGAGGAAAGGGAGGGCUGAUUCGGUUAGGCAAGCAGUGCCGUCGAAGAGCCUUGAGGCGUCCAAGAGCCUUGAGGCGUCCAAGAGCCUCGAGGCGUCCAAGAGCCUCGAGGCGUCCAAGAGCCUCGAGGCGUCGAAGAGUCUCGAGGAAUGGAUGGAGGCGGUGGUUAUGAGGAGAGAUGGUGUCCAAAAUCCGUUGGAGUCAACUCGAGCGGUGCCGGGUCUAAUCCCUGUACAGCCUGCUGCUGCUGCCGCUGUUGCAGUUUCUCAUGCUGAUGCUGGUGAGGUGUGGGGAGGAGAGUUGCAAGGGGGACAAGUGAGUGGGCAGCUAGGGGGGGACAUGGAGUUGGAUGCGGUUGGAGACGGUGCUGCUGAGAUACUGCUGGGUUUAGGGGCGACGGGCUUGAGUGGGGUGGAUGGGAGUGGAGAUUAUGUGACUGCUUCUUUGGCUGCUGGUGCUGGUGCGGCUGGGAGUGCAGGUAGAGGGAGUUCCGCCCGGCGAUUUCCAGGCACUAGCAACGGUGUUGGAUUUAUCGGGGGUGGCAACGGCAGCAGCGGUGGCGGCAGUGGUGGUGGCAGUGGUGGUGAUAAUAUUGGUGCUGGGGGUACUGACGGUGGUGAUUGUGAUGGUGGUGGUGAUGGUGGUGGUGGUGUUGGUGGCGGUGGCAGCGGCGGUGGCUGUAACAGCAGUGGGCAGUUGAGUCUGGAGCAGCAGAUUCAGCAGAUGUUGGACGAGCUACCUGCUGCCCCUAUUGCCUGCUACACCCACACUGUGCCUUCUGCCCCUGCUGCCCCUGCUGCCUGCUAUUCCCACACUCUGCAUGCUCCUCCUCCUUCUCCUGCUGCUGCUGCUGCUGCUGCUUGCUACACCCAAACUCUGCCUGCUGCUCCUCCUACUGCUGCUGCUGCUGCUUCUGCUGCUCCUACUGCUAUUGCUGCCGAUGCUACUGCCGUUGCCCUUACUGCUGCUGCCCGUGCUACUGCCAUUGCCCCUAUUGCUGCAGCCGGCGCAGGCAGUUCAAGGGUCGCCAAGACCCUAAGGGAGGGGAGUGGGUUGACUGGGAGGGCGAGGAGAGGAGAGGAGGAAAAGGGGAGAAACGAGAAGGGGCAGACCCGGGGAAAAGGGGAGAGCCGGGGGAGAGGGAGUGGAUGGAGAAAGAAUGGGAGGAGGAGAGGGAGGGAUCAUACACGGCACUGACGGAGCAACUAGAGCAAUUAGAGCAAUUAGAGCAAUUAGAGCAAUUAGAGCAUUCAAACUCUAUCCGGGAAGAUCAUGGAGAACGGGACAAAGGCAGGGCGAGAGGGUGCA